ACUUCCUGUCUGGUCAUGCGCGCCGAAUGCUAUUACGUCGUCAUCCACAACUACUCUUUUCACUCCGAACAUAGCAAUGGUUCGGGAAUUUUGAAAAUGGAGGAGACCUUCGCGCACGACUUGGGCGCUUCUGAAGACGAGCAAGAGGGGCGAGCGUUUCUCCUGGAGAAAAUGAUGCCGCUCGUCGUCCCAGAGACCCCCAGCCCGCAGCUCAGGAGGAAGACACGACGCACGCGUCGCGCAGAGGAAACCUUCAGCCCGGUGACCGCGCUACGCUCGGCGACUCCGGGCCGGUGUAGCGCCGCCUCCGCCGGGCCGUCCAAACGCAGGAAGCUGGAGCGGCGGCGCCUCGCGCCCACCCCAGCUCCGUUUCCCGUCCACUCCUGGUCGGACGUCUCCUCCUCCUCCUCCUCUUCGUCUCCCCCCAGCUCCUCGACGACGUCCGACUCGUUGUCCUUUCUGACGGCGGAGGAGAGAGAGUGGCUGAGCGGCGAGCGGGACGCCGCCUCCCUCGCGUCGGCGCAGGAAGUGGUCAUCGGCGACGGCGGGUCGUGGCUUCGCGCGGCGCAGAUGGCGGAAGACGAAGCGAUGGCACGAAUCCUGCAGGCUCGUUUUGACCAGGAGGAGGCGGAGUCGCGUCGUCAUUGGACCCUUCACCGCAGGCGGCAGCUUUUCGGCCAGGCCGACUCGCCGCCGGGGCUCGGCCGCCGGCGGAGGAACGACACCCCCCUGACGGACGACUUCUCUGGUGACAACUACGAGGCCCUCCUGGAGUUUGAGGAGCGCCAAGGCGCCGUGGCGCCCAAGAAGUUGACGCACGCUCACGUCCUUCGCUUCCCCGUCAAGCGCUUCCAGGCCGGCGGCGGCGCCACAGCGUGUCAGAUCUGCUUUUGCGACUACGACGACGGCGAGUCGCUGAGGAUGCUGCCCUGUUUCCACGACUACCACGUCGGCUGCAUCGACCGCUGGCUGCGGGAGAAGACAACCUGCCCGAUAUGCAGAGUCAACCUGGCUGACCUCUGACCUCCAACUUUUAUUGCUGUCUAUUUUGCUUUUAUUCAUUGUCAAUAAAAGCCCGUUAUUUACUUGAA